AAGGCUGGGGGCGUGUACAUCCCGCCCUUCAAGCUGGCGCAGAUGCUGCGUGAGGCCAAGGACGAGACGAGCGCGCAGUACCAGCGGCUGCGCUGGGACGCGCUGCGCAAGUCCAUUAACGGGCUCAUCAACAAGGUCAACAUCACCAAUCUCAAGGAGGUCCUGCCAGAGAUCUUCGGCGAGAAUUUGGAUCGUGGCAAAGGCCUGUUCUGCCGCAGCAUCAUGAAGUCGCAGAUGGCUUCGCCCACCUUCACGCCCGUCUUUGCAGCCCUUGUCGCCGUCAUCAACACCAAGUUCCCUGAGGUCGGCCAGCUCCUGCUGCACCGCCUCAUCCUCCAGUUCAAGAGGGCGUUCAAGCGCAAUGACAAGCCCAUCUGCCUGGCCGUGUCCAAGUUCAUCGGCCACCUGGUCAAUCAGCAGGUCGCUGAUGACAUGAUCGCCUUUGAGAUCGCCAUCCUGCUCCUGGAGAACCCCUCAGAGGACAGUGUGGAGAUUGCGCUGGAGUUCUUCAAGGUGGUGGGCGCCUACCUGCAGGAUGUCAACAAGCCGGGCUUUGAGAUCAUCCGGGGCCGCCUGAAUCUGAUUCUGGCAGAGGGCCAGGCCGAGAAGCGCACCUGCCUUCUCAUCCAGAACUUCCUGGAAGUGAUCGCAAGGGGUGGCAAGCUGAAGAACGCGCAGCUGAACGAGCUGGGCUUCGAGUCGGUACCCAAGGAGCUGGACCUGGUGGAGCCUGAGGACCAGAUUACUCACCAGGUGUCGCUGGAGGAGAGCGAUGGCUACAAUGCCCAGAUCUCGCUGGACAUCUUCAAGGUCGACCCUGAGUACCAGGAGAACGAGAAGAGAUACGAGGCCAUCAAGAAGGAGAUCCUGGGGGAGGACGAGGAGGAUGAGUCAGAGGGUGACUCAGACGGCGACUCAGAGGAUGAGUCAUCCGACGAGGAGGGCGCCGGCGGCGCGGCCGCCCCCAGUGGCGGCACGCAGAAGAUCCAGGACAACACCGAGACGAACCUGAUUAACCUGCGGCGAACGAUCUACCUGACCAUCAUGAGCGCGCUGGACUUUGAGGAGGCAGGCCACAAGCUGAUGAAGAUUCAGCUGGGCCCGGGGCAGGAGGUGGAGAUCGCCACGAUGGUCAUUGAGUGCUGCAGCCAGGAGAAGAGCUACUCCAAGUACUACGGUCUGCUGGCGCAGCGAUUCUGCCUGCUGAAGCGCGAGUACCAGGCCUGCUUCGAGGACUGCUUCCGGCGCCAGUACGCCCUGAUCCACCGGCUGGAAACCAACAAGCUGCGCAACGUGGCGCGCUUCUUCGGCCACCUGCUGGCCACCGACGCCAUCUCCUGGGAGGUCAUCGACUCUGUGCGCCUCACCGAGGACGACACCACCUCCUCCUCCCGUAUCUUCAUCAAAGUCCUCUUCCAGGACCUGUCGGAGAACAUGGGCCUGCGCAGCCUCAACGAGCGGCUGCAGGACCCCAGCCUGGCGGAGUGGUUUGGCAACCUGUUCCCGCGCGACUCCCCCCGCAACAUGCGCUUCUCCAUCAACUUCUUCACCUCCAUCGGACUGGGCGGCCUCACCGACGGCCUCCGCCGCCACCUGGCAGAGCUGCCCAAGAUUCUCGCCGCCCAGCGCGAGGCCGCCUCCGCUGGAGCCGCCGCCGAGGGUGGCUCGGGCGACGACUCAUCGUCAUCCAGCGACUCGGACAGCGACUCAUCUAGCGACUCGGACAGCGAUGACUCGUCCUCCAGCGAUGACUCAUCCUCUGACAGCGAUGCCAGCAGCGACUCAGCCUCCAGCAGCAGCAGCAGCUCGGAUGACUCAUCGGACGACAGCAGCUCUGAUUCUGAGGACGAGGCCCCGCCGCCCGCCAAGAAGAAGUCGGCUGCAGUCGCCGCCAAGAGCUCUACAGCGAAGGACAAAGCGCGCGAGGAGCCCAGGGGAGACAGGCGGGAGAAGAGCGGCAGUGAGAGGGCUGCCAGGGGUGACAGAGAGCGUGAGGACAGACUCAGGGGUGAGGAGAGGGAUGCCAGGGGCAGGAAGGAGCCCAGAAAGAGGGAACGCGAGGAGACAGGGACGGAGAACGGCGGCGGCAGGAAGUACCGGGCGGUGGAGAGGGAAGCAAAGGGGUCUGCAAAGAUCAGGGAUGCGGUGCACAAAGAAGAGAGCUCCGCGAGUGAGCAUGAGAGGUGGGACGGCGGAGUGGCGGAGGCUGGCCCGGUGGAUGCUGAUGACCGCUGGACUGGGGAGUAGGCAGUCUCGUGCCAUGCACUCCUCUCAGAGAUGGAGCGUGGACUCCUGUCAGAUAGGGAGUGCGUAGCACAAGCACAGGGCCUGUUUGGGUGGGGAGUGUGUAGUCAGAAAGCACUGCCGCGCAAACACGAUGUGGGAGUUGAACUUUGUAGGAUUCUUGCUCAUGAAAGAUGGAGGUGCAGCUGCAUGCUUAUGUGCAGCUGACAAGUCAUUACAUGGCAAAGUUUGCGGCCAUGCUUGGCAGACUGUGAAAGUUUGAAGGAUGUGUACCUCCUGUACCAAGGUUGUGAAGCUGAAGGACCACUUCGAAGAAUUCAUGCUGUUC